CAUCUGUGCACAGGCCUUCGGUGCUCUGCGCGCAACAGCAACGCCGCGCCGCGGCCCCGAUCAGGAAGUGAAUUUGAAGAAAAUAAGCGACUGUGGAGGUAGAAUGACAUAGAGGGGGAGAGGUGGGAGAGAAGCGAGCGGAGAGAGAAACGACAAACGGAGGGAAGGAAUCGGCCCUGUUUGUGGAUCUAUAUCGGAGCUGUUGCCCUCUAGGAUUUACUGCAACGCCAAACAAAAAUGCUCAUAAAGGAAUUUCGAGUGAUUCUUCCAAUCUCUGUGGAAGAGUACCAGGUCGGCCAGCUGUACUCUGUCGCUGAGGCCAGUAAGAAUGAGACGGGUGGAGGAGAAGGAGUGGAGGUGCUAAAAAAUGAACCCUACGAGAAGGAUGGAGAGAAGGGACAGUACACACACAAAAUUUACCAUUUGCAGAGUAAAGUGCCGUCAUUCGUCAGAAUGUUGGCUCCAUCUUCAGCUCUCAAUAUCCAUGAGAAAGCCUGGAACGCAUACCCAUACUGUCGCACAGUUAUCACUAACGAGUAUAUGAAAGAUAACUUCCUGAUCAAGAUCGAGACAUGGCACAAACCUGACAUGGGACAUCUUGAAAAUGUACAUGGUUUGGAUGCAGAAACCUGGAAGAAGGUGGAUGUAGUCUAUAUUGAUAUUGCAGACAGAUGCCAAGUGGAGCCAAAGGACUACAAGCCAGAGGAGGAUCCUUGCAGGUAUAAGUCGGUGAAGACAGGACGAGGACCUCUAGGACCAGACUGGAAGAAGGAGCUUCCUAAUAAGAAAGACUGCCCACAUAUGUGUGCCUAUAAACUGGUCACUGUCAAAUUCAAGUGGUGGGGCCUGCAAAAUAAAGUGGAAAACUUCAUUCAAAAGCAAGAGAAGCGUUUGUUCACUAAUUUCCAUCGUCAGCUGUUCUGCUGGAUCGAUAAGUGGAUUGAAUUGAACAUGGAAGACAUUCGUCGCAUGGAGGAGGAGACACGUAGGGAGCUAGACGAGAUGAGAGUGAAGGAUCCAGUGAAAGGGAUGGUGGCUCUAGAGGACUGAGGUUGUGUCGGACCGUGAAUGCUGCUGCUCAUCAGACCAGAAUACCCAGACACCAGCGGAUUCACAUCCUCCUUUUGUCUCAACUGACACAACAUCUGACCGGCCAGUCCAAAACCCUCCUCCUGCAGUGCAAUCUGGUUUUCAGGGACCUGGACCCAGUAAAACUCCCAGUUUUCAGCUGAUCUCCUUCACCCCAUCCUUCCUUCCUUCCUCGCGUCCCAUCUGUCCUUUUUUUAUUUUCUUCAUCUAGUGAUCCCAUCUUAUUAACUGCUCUGAGGCCUCCAGUAGCAACAUUAUAGAUCUCGUCAGUCAGUCCUCUCUUUCUCUCUCUCUAAAUCGUUCUAAACUACAGAGAAUAGCGGUAUUUAUCUCUGCAAUUUAGGAUUUCUUUCUAUUUAAGAUAUCCCUAUGGUGUAUAUAUACAGUAUACAGUAUAUCGGGGAGCUGAAUAAUUGUAUUGAAGUAUAUAUAUAUAUAAAUAUAAAUAUAUAUAAACAGGGUUUUUAAAAUGAUUCUGUAAGGUUGUCUGUGGAUGUUUAUUUUUUCCAGACAAAGCUGUGUCUGCUCAGUGUUGCGUUUUGAUCCUGUGAUAUUUUUUUUUCUCCUUUUUUUUUGAUUUGUCAUAGUACCUCCUUCUCUCCAUUUGUGUCAGGCUUUAUGCAGUGUUUUCCUUUUGUUGUUGAAAUCAAGUUGCGAGUCUUCAAACCACAGCUGCGAGGUCUGAAAGGAGGCUUUACUCCCGACCUAACAAAUAGGAUUCUUUUUCUCGGUAUCUUCCUUAAUAUGUUGAGGCAUUCGUUGGCUUUUCUGCUGCUUUGUGAGUUUGUGUGUGUGCGCGCUUCUGUUUCUUUGUGUGUGUGUGUAUAUAUAUGAGUGUGUGUGUGUUUCUGUAGUAUUGUUAGGUCAUCAAGGUUUUCAGCCAUAUUUUACUUUUCGACUGAUCGUUUCUAAGCUCUUCGGUUUCAUCAGGCUGUUCAGACUGCUUGAGAGUACGAUAAUGGAAGAUCAUGUCUGAAUAGAAAUACACAAUAAUGCAUAUACACAAAUACAGAGAGAGAGAGGUAGUCUACAGUGAUACAAGUCAAAUGUAUCACUCUGCAAUGGAAAAUUUACUGCAGACAACUGGAACAGCCAUAAUCGAGUGUGGGACUGUCUUUUUUUCAGCCUGACAGCGACUUCAUCAGUUCUUGCCCUGUCUCUCAUUGUGUCAUCUCCAGUGGAUAAAUGGUCUUAUCCAGCAAUAGCAAUAACUAUCAUGACACGUUGGUCUCUCUUUUAUCAUUACAAAUCUAUCUUCCGUUUGUCACGAGAACAAUUUAAACAAAGCAGAGCUGAAAGUCGAGAGCAGUUAAGUUGUUGAAUAACUAUUUAUAAAAUGGCAGUUUUAUCGUGUCCGUCUGUCGGAUGAGGUGGUUUUCUCUCCUGCUGGAAUCUGAAGCCUGUUGUUUGUAUUAAUGUGGUGUUUUUGGUACAUGCAUGGGUGUACACAAGUGAUAUACAGUCGAGUGUGUCUUUGCAGAGAGCUGAUGCUAGCUGGGUAAGGAAGCGAAGAAGAAAUGAGGCUAGAGGAGUGAUAACAGCAGGCACUCUCCUUCUUCCUCUUGUUAACGUUUGUUUGGCCUCUUUUUUUGUCGACAGUUACCUUUAUUUUCUCAUUUUCUGUUUACUUCACAUCCUCUGCAUAUUUCUACAGUGUGGAAACGUUAAAGAGUAGGCAACAGAUAAUGUGAAAAGGCUAUAAUAGUAUAACUGACUGAUUUUAACAGAAACUGCCAUCAAAACUAAAAGAUGAUUAUCAGGUUUAUAUCUAGAUUAUUGCAUAAAAGAUGUUAAAGCAGAUAUUUUGCACUAAUAAGCAUGUGUUAAUGACUGAUAAAUAAAUCAUUUUCACAUCCAGCAAAUAAAAUAAAACAUUCAUUUUUAUUUUUGGAGAUGCUUGCAACCAAUUGGCAUCAAGAUGAGAUCAAGAUCGUGCACAAUUGCGUGGAAUCUGACUGAAUGUUAAAAAGUAGAAAUAUCAGUUCCACUGAAGGGCUUUCCAUUGGCAUUUAUCAAAUAAAAUUUAGAUUAAGUGCAGUGUAUGAUAUAUAUGUUAUAGCUGAAUAUUAAUAAUGUUUUUUUUAGUGUUUUAUUGAUCCAUCCCUGCCACUGGCUCUUAUUACAAGAACAACUCUGCAGCUGUGACAUUAUAUCUUCCCAGGCCCAUUGCAUUAGUCAUCACUAUUAACUUGAUGAAAUUCCAAAGAAUGCAAAUGUUUUCUGGCAGGUUUCCAGCAGUCACUUCCAAUCUAAAGGUCUGUUCAGUUUAAUGUGUGUAGUAGGAGUCUGCAGGGACACGUGGACUUGCAUUGACAUCAUUUAACAGAUAAUAAUUAACAAAUAAUGAGGAGGCAUUUGAGCAGUGUCUUCUUGCAGUUACUAGCCAACAUACAUGUAUAUAUGUGGCCUGCUGAAACACAGUAUACAAGAAAUCCUAUGAACUUUGUUUUAUUGGCCUAAAAAAUCUAUUCAAAACUAUUCUUGACAUUUAUUAGAGUUCAGACUUCCAUGAAAGUCUGUCUAUAACAUUGAAAAUCUACUUUUUUGCCAUUUUUGGCCACUUUUAUUUAAUGUCUCUAUAUGUCAGAUGAAGUUUCUAAGUCCAUCACUGCAGACCACUUUCUGUUGCCUCCCCUUUAAAGAACAAACACUGGCCCUUGAUGUCCAAACCCGCCACCUCUGUGUCCAUAAAACAUCUCACUCAGUGUCUGUGAUGGGGCUACCAACUGAAUCAUGGAGAUUUGUGGAUGUACUGUAUGUAUUGACUUUGUAAAUAGUAAAUAAAUUAAUGUAGAUGAACACAUAUAUAUAGAUCGGACUGUCCUGCCAAACCUACAGCACACCCUCUUUAACACUUGGUCCUCUUAUUCCGUCGCUAAUUGUUUAGCAUUGACACUGACCACAGCGACCAAGUCGUUCUCACAGGAGUAUUAUUGUGAGGAAAUGUAGAGUUAGAGUUGCUGAAAUUUAGUGCUGAUAAGACAUUCUGAGGAGUACUGUCAGCUGUAGUCAUUAAAAAUGCAUUCUUACAUAUUGUUAGAGAUGAUUUCGCUGCAGAUUUUAGGAUGCAAAGCAGUAAAGUUGUUGUGCGGUUUGUAUAUGGAGAGGGGAAAAAAAUUCAAAACGAAGCAGAACCCCUGUUCACUAUUUCCUGUCCUCAUGCUGUUCCCUCAAAGGCACCACGUCUCAUUGGCAGGACAGUGUAUAAAUAUAUAUUUUUGUUCUGAAUGUUGUUGUACCUCUGUUGUCAGUCUCUGAACUACACUCGCUUCUCUCACUGAAAAGGAACAUAUAUCGGCAGCUUGGGUCAGUUCAUUGAUCCAUAGGAUAAGCUGAUUUUUUAGCCCUAAAUGGAGCCUCGGUGCAGGUUAGAUUUUGCCCUCCUGUGAUUAGCAAUGGGGAUCAAAGGGGGAUUAUUCUACAUUUCGGAGCAGCUUCAACCAGGUGCUGGAGUGUCAGAGUUUAUAGCGACACAGAAUUUUAAAAAACGCAAAGACAAUUAAAUGUGGUUGUUUGAAAGCUGAUGCUGUCAGUAGGUCCAUUUUAAGAGUCUGAACAUAGAAAACUUGUGAGAGAACAUGGUUUAACAGAGACAAUCUCAUAGAUACCUGUUGUUAGAUUCCUCAAUUUAUAAUCAGAGUAUGAAACCAAAUGAUUCCAUAAUCCCAAACUGUUUUUAAAUCGUUAAAUCUCUCUCUCUCUCUCUCUCUCUCUCUCUCUCUCUCUCACUCCUGUUAACUUGUCUCCUGUUUUACUUUCUUUUAUUGUGAAUUUGUGCCUUUUUGUCAUCUUCUAAUAACACUACUGUACAUUGGAGACGUAAAGAAAUCAAUAAAAAGAAGCAAAGCAACUGUA